UUUGGUGUCGUUUGUCUGUCGUUGAGGCAAACAAAAAAAUGGAUUUGAUACAGGAGAUUAACGAAAAAUAUCAAGCACUCGAGGCGGAAAUUGACAAAAAGCUGGAAAAGGUGCAAGCUGAGGAGCUAAAAUUGGAGCGCCAAAAUGAGAAACUGGCUGAAAAAUCAGCAGCUGCCCCAUCGCCAAAAGUAUUAUCCUACGAGGAGGCGCUGCAGAGAAAUGCAAAUACCUUGAAAUCUCUGGAAAUAGCCAAGGCUCGCUUACGUUCACGUUCCACCUACUCCCCCGUAGAGAAGUUGUUGCAGCGUGCUCUGGAGAAUUACAAAAAAGAAUUGAACAGUCUGAAUAGACAGCAAGCAAACAACAGCAAACAGGACCUCAAUGCCCAGGCGAAGUCAGUAGUUCAGGACGAUGACGAUGAUGAGAAGGAGCAGGAGGAAGCGCAAAACCUUUACGAGCUAAUCAUGCAAAAUGUUUUGGAGGCCAGCGAAAGUCGUCGCAAUUGAGAACUGCUGUUGCUGUCUCUUAUUUUUUUUAAUGGAAUUUUAUAUAUACAUAUGUAUAUCAUGUACCUUUGUCUCGCAUCGCAACUGCCACUGAAAAAAGUUGAAUUUUUCAAGCUGAUCAAAUAGAGACACAUGACCAAACGAGAGUUUGUAUGCUUUUUCCCCCGUACAAACAAGAGAACCCAAAACGAAUAAACACGAUCAAUGACAAAAGCAAUAGCAACAACAAUAAAUAAAAACACUCCACAGAAGAUCUAACCAAAAAAGCUGGCAAUCCUGUCAACCCACAUAUCAACCAUAUCAUCCAAUUGAA